UGCACCAAUACCGAUCGGAAAACUCCUUUUUAGUUUUGGCAAUUUUAUGUCCGACAUUGUACAAUUUCUGAUUGAAUUUUUUUAUCUGUGAAUUUCAUUCUAUGCUAAAUUUUAACCCAGGUGAAAUCUAGUCGGAAUUGAGUUGCAAUCGUUUGUUGGCCUGUGGUUUCGUGAAUAGCUUCGCCGUCACAAACUUCAAAUCUUCCAUGGAGGCAUAUGGGCUAAAUUGUGUAUUUACGGAUUGUUGACCUACAAUUUUCGCUUUUAUAAGGCAUCUGAGGGUAUAGCUUUACUCACGAUUAUUGCUGAUCAAGCAAAGCUUAAUCAAAGCUUGAAAGACUGAACACAAUUGCUCAACCGCACACCCAAGAGAACGUUUUUCCUUCAACCAUGAGUUCAGAGGCUAGCAUGAGGGGCUCACAAACACCUACAUCGAAGCCACGUAGCAGUGCUCCAUCUUCGCCCCCUAAGGAGCUGGAGGCUGGGGAAUUGUCCGAUUUCGACGUGAAUUUUGCCACCGAAGAAGAAAAGAAGAUAUUUGAAGAAGAGAAAAAGGCACGCAUAGCGAACUUCAAGGCCGAAGAACGAAGACGAAAGGCAAUUGCGAGGAAGAGAGCGGAGCAUAAUGAAUCGAAGGCGGAGCGAGAAGCGAAAGCAAGACAACUGGAUGAACUGCUGAGCAAGAGCGCGGCAUUUGGGGAAGUGCUGGUAGGGAAGACGAGGGUCUUAGGACGUGUAGGCAGUGGGAUGGAUGGGAAAGCAUUAGGGGAACAUGAUUUAACAAUGGCAGAACAGCCUAAAUGUAUGGUGGGUGGAACGAUGCGAGAAUACCAAUUAGAGGGUUUGACGUGGAUGUACGAGAUUUGCAUACAAGGAAUGUCUGGGAUUUUGGCAGAUGAGAUGGGUUUGGGAAAGACAAUUCAAACGAUUUCGCUUAUUGCAUUGCUGAGAGAGAAGGAAAGUUAUCUGGGUCCGCAUCUAAUUAUCGCGCCGCUGAGUACACUUUCGAAUUGGAUAGAGGAAUUCCAGAAAUGGACCCCUAGUGUACCGGUUCUGUUAUAUCAUGGUACGCCACCUCAACGAAAGGAGCUUUUCCGCACGCAGAUGAUGAGGCAUAUUAAGGGUGGUCGUCCCGAUGAAAAGUUCCCUGUUGUCUGUACAAGUCCAGAGAUUGUUCUUCGAGAUCAUGCGGAUCUUGCGAAGAUAAAUUGGGAGUUCAUCAUCAUCGUAAGUCGUACAUUCAUGGUACGAUAUCUCAUGGCUGACGUAAACGACAGGAUGAAGGCCACCGGAUGAAGAACUCCGAGUCUAAACUGUUUCAAACAUUGAGGACCUUUACAUCUGCUACUCGUCUUUUGAUUACCGGAACACCAUUACAAAACAAUUUGAAAGAGCUGUGGUCAUUACUAAAUUUUCUUUUGCCUACAAUAUUUACACAAUGGGAAAUGUUUGAAAGCUGGUUUGACUUUAGUGAUUUACAGGAUGAGGAAGGAACCGAGGACUUCAUUGCCGAUCAAAUGAAACAAGAUCUAGUUAAAAAGAUGCACUUGAUUCUGCAGCCAUUAUUGUUGCGACGAGUAAAGGCUGAUGUCGAGCAUAUGCUUCCGAAAAAGCGGGAAUAUGUCCUUUAUGCACCGAUGACAAAGGAGCAGAUGGAAUUGUACAAUAAGAUUGGAGAUAAGACUGCUGACCUGCGGAGGUAUCUGGAGGAAAAAGUAGUGGAAAGAUUGACAGGAGGGAAAGCCAUCGAGAAAGAAUCGAGGAAGUCAGUUGAAACUACAGUCAAAGAUGAAACAAAUCUGGAAGACUCCGAUAGCGAAGACGAGAAACCACUGGCGAAUCGAAUUAGAAACAAAAAUGUCGCUUCGGAACCUACUCCGAUACUAAAGAAUGCAUUCCAACAAAUGAUGCCGAAGAGAAAGCCUGGCAGACCGCCUAAGAAUAAAGAUGGGGCUCUGUUACAAGUAUUAGUAGAAAAGGGAAAGCCAGGCAGGAAGCGUAAGUUAACUGAAGAUCCGCUCUCCUUACCAAUUGGUAAGUCCGCAAAGUCUAGCCGGACUGCGUCACCAGCUGUUAGUGUUCGCAGCAAAGACUCGCGGAGAAGAAAAGUCUAUGAAGAAGCUGAUGCAUCUGAGGAGGAUGAGUUGAGUGAUGAUGAAUUCGAGACAAAACUUGCAGCAGAGUAUGCUGAAAAGGAGGAGGCCGAACUCAAGAACAAGAAUCAGAACGAAGAUGAAAUGGCGAAAAUCCUUGAACUUGCAAGAAAGGAGAUUUCUAGUAAAAAGUUGGGAAAUCCUGUUAUGCAGAUGAGAUUGGUUUGCAAUUCUCCUCUGAAUUUUUACAACCCCUGGUCAGCAGAUUCUGGUACUCCACUAAACGAAACUCUCGUGACUUCGUCUGGGAAAAUGUUACUUCUCGAUCGACUUCUCCCCUCACUGUUUUCUCGUGGCCACAAGGUUCUCAUUUUCUCACAAUUCAAAACUCAACUCGAUAUCCUCGAAGAUUAUGCACGCGAAUUGCGAGGUUGGAAAGUAUGUCGAAUCGAUGGAAGCGUUGCACAAGACUUUCGCCGCCAACAAAUCAAAGAGUUCAACGAGGACUCGGAUUCCAAACUGUUCCUUCUUUCAACCAGAGCUGGUGGACAAGGUAUCAAUCUCGCAAGUGCUGAUACAGUAAUCCUGUUUGACAGUGAUUGGAAUCCACAACAAGAUCUCCAAGCCCAAGAUCGUGCCCACCGUAUCGGUCAAACCAAACCUGUUGUCGUAUUUCGUCUCGCUACUAAGGGCACUGUUGAAGAAAGUUUGCUAAUGAGUGCCGAUGCAAAACGUAGGUUAGAGAAAUUGGUUAUCAAGAAAGGGGGUUUUAAGACUAUGGGACAGAAAAUGGACACGAAAGAAGGAAUGAGUGCGGAUGCACUAAGAGCGUUAUUGUUAAAGGACGGCGAGGUAUACACGUGCAAAGAAGACGACGAGAUCCUGACGGAGGAGGAUCUAGAUACACUGUGCGAUAGAAGUGAUGGGGCUUAUGAAAGAGCGGAGAAAGGUUUGGGAAAUAAAGAUGCCUUUAAGAUCGUGGAGACAAAAGCAAGGGGGUUAAUGACUGGUAUGGAUAAAAAAUAGAUCUGGGAUAUUUAGAUUUGACUAGUGUUCGAUUGAGGAAAUUCUCUUGGCUUAUGGAAAUGGAGCUAGCGGAUGCAAGUGCUGCAGUCAUUGUUUGUAAUAUAUUUGUGUAACGUUACUAUUGUACCAUUCAUCAUGAAAUAAUGUUUUGUCAUAGAACGUUUGUACGGUGGAAAUAAAUAGUCAUUCUGAAUACGCAAUCAUAGGCUUUGAUAUGAGA